UGGAAACUACGAAAAAUUUUGAUUUUUUACUUUAAAAGAAGAAAUUAAGAGAAGCAAUACGAAAAAUGGGGACUCCUUUUUUUUUUUAUUUUUUUUUAUCAAACUAUCAUGUGAUUUACUCAUAAAAAUUUGACCAAAGAAUAAAAAAAUGACAAAAAGGAAUUCCAUAAAAAGAGUAAAUCACGUACAUGAGUAAAUAAAAAACAGAACCACACGGAAAAUAAUUGAGCCCCGCUAUGGGUACACUGUUUGGUGUACACCAAAUACACACUGCAUUAGUGGGACUCAUUUUGGGAUUCCACAUAAAUGAUCAGAGACACUAAAUUUUUUUAAAAUAUUUUCCAAGGGUCUUCGCAAAAAAAUGAGCUCAUCUGAAUAUCGGUAAAUGCUUCAUCGAUUCUUUGCUCAAUUUCCUAUUAGUAGAUUGGGUAUAAAAUUGAUCAAGUCUUUACCAAUGUCCGGCUAAGCUAAUCUUUUAAGGGAACCGUUGAAAAUUGUGUUUAAAAAUUGAGCGGCUCUUAUAGUUUGGUGUGCAAUGGUAUAUCCACAGUUUUAUUGAAAAUUUGAAACUAAUAAAAAACAGAACCCGCGGAAAGUUUUCGCGUGUAAAAUUGGCGCUCUGAUAUUUCCAUCCGUUCCCAGCAUACACCCACCACUUCCUCUUCUCUAGACGGUUUCUUCCACUUUCUGUUUCCUUCUUAAGAUCUGUUCCUCUUUCUUCUUUCAAUUGUUCGAAGGUUUAUUCUAGGGCUCUUUUAAGAGAAGCAUACUGUAAAGCCUCUUAAUCGGAGAGUGAUUCCACCCAAUGGAUGAACGAUUAAGACUUAUGUGAUGCUAGUUGUUGACAAUUCUUACAGACCCAUCCCAUGGGUAAUAUGUAGGUUUGUCUUGAUUUAUGUCCUAAUAGUUUGAUUAUUAUUUCCCAAUACAGUUACCAUAUCACUUACCAAUUGAUGGAUUCAUUACAUAUUCUGAGCUCUAGUUAGUGAUUCUCCAAGAUCUGUUGGGACAUAGUGCAAUUUUCUCGUUUGAAUCAAUUUUAUUUGGGUAUGUUGAUUUCUAUGAGGUUUGCAGUCAUUUAUCAAUUAUGAGGGGUGAUGUAAUCAGUUAUUAGAUUUCCUUCUUUUUUUUUAGUUUCUUGUGCUUGCAAUUGUUUGUUUGUUCAAACCCCAAGGGGGCUGUCCUAGUGAUCAAGGCUUGCGGCCUGGGACUUAGAGGUUUGCUCCCUCCUAAGGUCUUAGGUUCAAAACCUCUUAAGUGUUAUCAACUCCAUUGGGCCAGUUCAUACAGAGCUUUCCUCUCGCUUUAAUUGGGAUCAGUGGGCAGUAGAAUUGGUCCCCGGGAUUAAUCGAGGUGCGCGUGAGCAAAUCCGGACACCUGAAUUAUAAAAAACAUUUUUUUGUUUGUUUCUUUUUUGUUAGUGUUAUUAUUCAUUGCUCGUUUCUCCAUUUUGCCUCAUGUCGUUAUUGCAAGUAAAUGUGAAUCUCAUGCCCAUUAUAGUUGGACAUGAGUUGGGUAUUGCUUUCUGAUAGAUUUAGUGAAUCAUUUAUGGAUGGGGUGAACUCCUUUAUUGAACUUGCACAGGCGCAUUCGGGUGAGGCUAUGGAGAUUAAGUGCCCCUGUAUCAAUUGUUUUAACUUCUACAAGCAAGAGUAUGAUGUUGUGCAAAGUCAUUUAACGUCUAGACUUAAAAAUUAAUAAAAUGAAAAAGAUGUUCAUUUUCAAUUUUGGGUUUAUUUGGAUUUUUUCUUUUCCUGCAUAUGAUGAAUUGAAUUGUUUUAACUACCUGUUUCCUUGCUUCCUUUCUUGAGUGAGGUGAGGAUGCGUAUUUCUCCCAAAAUGCUAGUUUUGUUUGCUUGCUUUAGUUCAUAUUCAUUUAAUCUCUUCAAUCUCUUCGUUUGUCAUUUAUAUGUGGUUUUGCCAAAGAUGCCCAAAGUUCAGAGAAAUUUUGUCAAGCCUGGGUGUAGUUCCCAGAGGCUGACAAAAUAUGAGAUGGACAGACAGAGAAACAUUGAACGAAACUCAGCAGUGCUAUCUGCUUUGGGAUUAAAGACCAUGUCAAAAGGCAUUAUUUGGUUCAAAUCUGACAGCCAAGAAAAAAACUAUCAAGGAGGGAAAGAGCAAGAUGAAUUGUUGCAAUGAUGAUAAGGAGUAUCAAUCGUGCGACGAUGAGGAAGGGAUGAGCUCUCGCAAAGAUGUUGCAUCUUCCAGGUUUCAGGCAAAUAAGGCUGAACUGGAAGCUAAGCUUAAAGAACAAUCACAAGCCAAUGUCACUGAUCUGUUGUCCAAAGAACAUGUUUCUGUCAGUGUUCUUGGGAAGCGAUCGGUUUUUUUGAAGGAAUAUGGGAGUCCCAAGAACACCCCCUCAUCUUUCAAACAGCUUCAGGCACCUGAUUCUGAGGUCAUUAUUCUGCAACACCAGGUAGAUGAGCAAGCUAAGGCUUUGGCUGAGCUAUCUAAGACAUUAACUAAGCAUACUCGGACCAUGGCCGUAUUGCAAGACAUUGUUCGUGUGUUGGCUGUGAAGGCAGCUGUAGAUCCAACGGACAUUGUGGAAUUAAUUAAAAUGAGCAAUAAUGAGGAGGGUGCAUCAGACAAAAGAAGGGAUGCAGCUUCUAUUGGUUUAAGUAAAGUUCGUUGCUUAGACUUGAUGAGCUUUAGUAGUUGUGUUUUCUAUUGGUAUAUCUGAUCUCUUUUCGAAAGAAUAUAAAAGAAGCUUUCUUCCUCUGAACCU